AUGAAGACUGCUUCGGUCAGUGAAAUGAUUACACCCUGCGACGCUGCCGGACACAAACUAUUUAUGAACGAGAGAGACAGCGAUAUUUCCAUCAAGGUGGAGUGGGAGGGCAACCGGUGGCACUUCCCUGCCCACAGCCUCGUCCUGUCAGCGAUGAGUGAAGUGUUCCGCAUCAUGUUCCACAUCGACAUGGAAGAAAAGAACAACAAAGAGGUCGUCAUCGUAGAUAGCAGUCCACUGGCUGUGAAGCAGUUUUUGAAAUACUUGUACACGGGCAUUAUCAACUGUAGUGAAUGGACGGAAGAGGUGAAUGUGCUGAAAAUUGCACACAAGUAUGGUGUCCAAACUCUUAUCAACCAAUGUGAAAAUCAUCUUGUCACAGAUAUCACCAUCUCCAACGCCUGCGCUUUGCACGAUCUUGCUGUCAUGUACAAUCUGCUCCGCUUGAGGAGUGAGACAGAGUAUUUUAUUUUGGAAGUUGGCUUCAUCGUUUCAUGCACGGAAGGGUUCCUCAGUAUGAAGGCCAAGUCAUUGGAAUACUUCUUAAAUAGCUAUAAAUUCAAUAUGGAGAAUGAAGCAAUAGUACUGAAAAGUUUGAAAGAAUGGGCAAAAAACGAAUGCUCAAAAAAGUCAUUGCCACUGACUCAUACCAAUAUCUUAGCAACCAUGGAGCCAUUUUUGAAGUACAUUCGAUGGAAUCAUAUUCCACCUAACGAUCGAAAAUUCAUUCCAAAGAAUCUGAUUGAAAAGCAUCGGAACUUCAACUUAAUGAAUCGUCGACCCUUUCGAGUAUCUCCAGUCCACCAGUAUCACGUCAAUACAGUCAAGUUUGUCGUGGAGCUUGGAGCUUUCUGUAACAAUACCUUAUCCGAUUCUGGAUUCAAUUGUCUUAGGUUUGGUGUUGAUAAUCACGUUUAUAUCUCUGGAUUCAAGAUCAUUAGCAUGUUUCGCACGAAUUGCAGUGUCUCUAUUGGUACAGCAGACUUGAUUUUGAAGAGGGUUGAUAACAAAUUCAGCAUGCUGUUCAACUUGCAGUCCUUACCGUGGAACCGAGGUGCGAACACUGGCGAGUACGUUUGGAGAGAAAUGUUUGCAUACUUUCCGUAUCCAAUAAGGAUUGAUCCAUUCCAUACUUAUGUACUUAACGUUAAGUGCGGUACUUUAUCGUCCCCGAUGGCUGUAAAAUGGCCAAGCACCAAGUUGGAAAUUGGAUUGCUACCUACGGAAUUGGGGCCGAUCAAUUUCUUCACGUAUGGAUCAACCUUUGGGAUUACGCAGCUAUUUUUGUUCCCUGCUCCACCAUUCAGGCCAGCUUGCAACGAUAUCGAUAGUUAA